GCAUGCUAAAAUAGUUGCCAUAUAUAUAUAAUUCUGUUUUAAAAUGGAAUUACCUCCAAGAUGCCUUUACUUUAAAGCAGAGGAUAUAGGACAUAGGUCUUUUAUUUCUGAUUACCUCUAGUCAGAUAAAAAUCUGAGAAACUGGUAAGAAAAUGAGUCCAUGACCAAAAUGCUUACUCAGUUACUCUAGAUGUUCAAAGACUAUUGUACUAAACCUGGAAUGUACUAAGAUAAAGCAAUAGUUUUCUUUGAAAAAUCUGUAGGGUUUAGAAAAUUUCUGGGAUUUAUCUGUGAAAAUACCCCCUGGGCCCUUGUAAGUGACGUCUUAGGGAAACACUCUUGUCGCAAGGUGGGAAGAACAGGAGGUGGUGUUUUGUGGGCUCCUGUGGUGGUUAGGUAGUUCUCAGAAGACAAUACUGGAAAUUAGCUUACUGUUGAUGUCAUGUUUUUCACACACAGAAAAAAAAAAUUAGUGUCCUGGGGGCUAUAAAAGCAACAACUUUUACCAGGUCACAUCACAAGAAGAAUCAUCGAAACAGGUAAAUGUUUCAGCAAACUCAGAAUAAUUGUUUUGUUUGAUGUGAUACUUCUUAACUAAUUUUUUUCCCUCAUAUUUUCUCUGCCUCUUAUUCUCUUGAUACCAGGUUCUCCUACCCUGAUCGCCAAUUGCUGGAGUUUGGGUUGCCUACAUGGCCACUGUGCAGAAGUGUGUGAGCACUUCCCUUAUGGGGACUCUGGCUGCCGGCUGCCUCCUGCUCAUUGCCCUCUUGGUGCAGGAAGGGGCAGCUGUGCCCAUCAGUUCCCACUGCAGACUUGACAAGGCCAACUUCCAGCAGCCCUACAUCACCAACCGCACCUUCAUGCUGGCCAAGGAGGCCAGUUUGGCAGAUAACAACACUGAUGUUCGUCUCAUUGGGGAGAAACUGUUUCACGGAGUCCAUAUGAGUGAGCGCUGCUAUCUGAUGAAGCAGGUGCUGAACUUCACCCUGGUAGAAGUGCUGCUUCCACAGUCGGAUAGAUUCCAGCCCUAUAUGCAGGAGGUGGUGUCCUUCCUGGACAGACUGAGCAACAAGCUAAGCCAAUGUCAUAUUCAGGGUAAUGACCAGCACAUCCAGACAAACGUGCAAAAGCUGAAGGACACAGUGAAAAAGCUUGGAGAGAGCGGAGAGAUCAAAGCAAUUGGAGAACUGGGUUUGCUGUUCAUGGCCCUGAGGAAUGCCUGUGUUUGACUAGAGCAAAGCUGGAAAAUGAAUACCUAACCCUUCUUGCCUGUUAGAAAGAACAAUAAGAUGAUCUUUUUUUUUUUUUCUUUCUUUUACCUAAAGGAAAAUGGGAAGUCACACUUGACCAUCAUGGGUGGAUUCCAAAUUAACCCCUGCUUAGCUUAAAAAGGAAAAAAUGUCCCUUGUGUAUGUCUGACUAGAAAGUGGACCUUUUAAGCAUAAAUAGAUUUAUUGAUAGCAUUUUAUUGCAACUGGUGUCUUACACAGAGAAAAUAUUGUAUUUUUUAAGUAACUAUCUAUUCCCACAAAAAAGAUUGCUUCCUGUUCCUUUAGGGGGCGGAGGGGAGAAAAGAACCCUUAAAUAACUUUGUGCUUCCAUAUAACAAAUACUUUAUAUUUAUUGAUUUAUUUAUUGUUAUAAGCAUAGAUUUUAUUUAUAUGAAUUUAUUUAUAGGAAUGUAUUAUAUUCCUACUUGAUUUUAAGACUAUUAUUAUUUAUGAUAAUAAUUAUGUAAUAUGUGUA